AUGAGCAAAUUCCUUUCCUUUCUCAAAUUGCAGGUGAUACCACCUUCUAGACCUACCUGUCUGCCGCUUUUGAAUUUUGGCAGCCUAGAAACAUUCUCGAAAAUUCAAACCACUUCGGAUUCUGUCCUCGGUGGUUACUCUACAGCGUAUGUGGAACCGUACAGAUUACACACCGGCAAAUUGGUGGCUAGAUUCCACGGGAACUUGAAUCAGACGCUCCCUGAACACAAUCCAAAGGUGAAAAAGUCAGGCUGGGCAAUGUUCAAGACCAAGAAUAGGAAUCCUCGUCGAAAUGCUCAGUUCAAGCCUUUCUAUUGGUUCAAGAAGCAGGCUAACUUCUGGUGGGAUUUCACCUCCUACCAGGUUGUCCAUCUACGUGUAGCCAACCUUACACCUUCCAGGAAAUUCAUGCUCAACGUGCAAUCAGAUACCAUGUCUCGAACAGAUUUGUUCCAGCAUCGUCUUUUCACAAGCAUUGAUCCUGAACCUUGCGAGAAAAUUGUCUGGCAGGACUUGUUCAUCGAUUUGAACGACCUUGUUCUUACCAACAGGGGUGUCGUCCAGAUACAGUAUUACGAGGAGUUAGAAAGAGACAGAGUCAAAAGCAUUGGUCUCUCAAUUUCGGACGGAAUAUUUGGACCAUACGAUUUGUUGAUUGAUAAGGUCGAAUGCGUAGGUGGUGAAGUAUAUAUGAAGCUAAUGAGGGAUAGUAGGCAGCAUACUGAAGAGCUUCAGGAACAGCCGAAGAAUUGA